CCAAGCACACAGAACUUUCCGCUCUUGGGGUGCACUGAAUUCAAACCCAUGCCUGUUUUUCCAAGUUAAUGAUUUAAACCAGCUGGAUUGCUGAGGAGCUGGCACCCAGGCCCCAGGUAGCAGGCCAAGGAUGCUUGCCCUCUGGGAUUAAUCAUUCUCCCAGCUGCUGACACUGCCUCCAUAAAAACUCCGGGAUGGGAUUCCCAGAGCUGCUUCCCAGCAGGAGGAGGAGAGCCAGCUCCAACAUGAGGGCAGCUCUGGCCCUGCUGCCACUCUUGGCCGCUGCACAGGCGUUACAGCGAGGGAAAGCUUAUGUCCGGGAGAAAGUCUGCCAGGAGUACAAGAUGCUGGGAAAGGAGAACUUCCGAACCCUGACCAUCAUUGCCAACAGCCGGAAAUAUUCCAACGGCACCUUCGAUGAGAUCAGCCACCUCGUCCGGGAAAUCGUCUCCCUGGCCGAGACGUGCUGCGCCGACGGGGCUGACCCCUCCUGCUACGAUACCGGGUCCACGGCGCUGUCGGCCAAAUCCUGCGGUGUGGACUCGCCCUUCCCGGCGCAUCCCGGCACGGCCGAGUGCUGCUCCCACGAGGGUCUGGAGCGAAAAUUGUGCCUGGCUGCCCUGCGCCACCCGCCCCAGCCGCUGCCCCGCUACCUGCAGCCCUCCGACAGGGAGCUCUGCCAGGCCUUCCAGCGGGAUCCCCGCGAAUUUGCCGACAGGUUUCUGUAUGAGUACUCCAGCAGCUACAGCCAGGCUCCCCUGCCUGUGCUCCUGGGCUCCACCACGACCUUCCUCUCCAUGGUCUCCACCUGCUGCAUCUCCCAUGCACCCACUGCCUGCUUCCUGAAGGAGAAACUGGAGAGGAAAACCCUCUCCCUCCUCACUCUGACAUCAAACCGGAUUUGCUCCCGCUUCUCGGCGUAUGGGAAGGACAAAGUCAGCUUCAGCUACCUGGCCUCGCUGGCUCAGAAGGUUCCCACUGCUUCCUUCGAGGACCUUCUCCCCCUGGCCGAAGAUGCUGCCGAGGUGUCUUCCCAGUGCUGCGACUCGCUGGCUGAGGACUGCAUGCAGAAGAAGCUCUUGGAGCACACGGCCAAAGUCUGCACCGCGCUGUCGGCUCGGGACGGGCGCUUCGCCGACUGCUGCAAAGGGAAAAACCUGAUGGAAAACCAUUUCUGCAUCCUGGCCAUGCUCCCAGCGCCGGCUCCCGAGCUGCCAGAGGCACCAGAGCCCACCAACAAGGAGCUGUGUGCCAAGGAAGGGGCUCUCCAUGCCACCAGGUUCCUGUUUGAGCUGGCACGGAGGCACCCCAACCUCCCUGACGCCGUCCUCGCCAAGCUCUACGACUCCUCCAAGAAACUUCGGGGGGAAUGCUGCUCCUCCAAGGAUCCCUCUGCCUGUUUGGACAGCAAGCGCAAGCGGAUAGGAGAGGAGCUGCUCCCCUUCCUGGAGAGGGCCAACCAGCUCUGCGGGCAGUACAACAAGCUGCCUUUCCUUGAGUUCAAGAAGAGGCUGCGGGAGAGCCUGACCCGAGCCCAGCCCGAGGCCAGCCCGGCUCAGCUGGAGCAGCUCCUGGAGCAGAGAACCUCCUUCGCCUCCUCCUGCUGCCUGCCAGACUCUCCCCCGCUCCUCUGCGCUUCCAAGGUGAGCUCGGAGCUGGGAGAGCUGUGUAAGGAGGAGUCCUGCCUGCUGGGAUAGCGGCCCGGAGGGGGACCACGAGGAGGAGCUCCGUGAUCGCGCAGUGGCGGAAUCUGUGGGUAUUGAUGAUCCCCAGAUUGUAAAAAGUCUGUCUUUCUACCCCGUUGCCAAAGAAGAAGCCAUAAUUCGUCUGUGCUGUUUCAAGGUUGUUUAUUCUGUUUAUCUCUAACAUGUUCUGCUGCCCUGCCGCAGCUCUGUCCUGCAGGGCAGCGUGUGGGGCUCUGCCCUCAGUGGGAUGUUACAAACAUUAAAUACCAGAAACUACCUGUGCUGGAUUUACAAUAAUGUGCCAAUAUCUGUCAUCUACAUUGAACAGUGUGUCCCCAGCCUAAACCAACAGAAAAAUGCCAACACUACAGUGAAACAUGGAGGGCAUGAAUAAGGAGAAAAAGGACAAGCCACACCCAAUUUCCUCCAUCUUGUCCCCUCUGAACCCCUAAUCUAGAAUCCUAAAAU